CUUCACUGACAAGGACUUUAGUAUUAAAAGAAAGAUUUUAUUCUGCAAAUUUUAACUGUAAAAGAAGUGCCAUUUUUUUUUUUUUUUUUUUUUUUUUUUUUUUUUUUUUUUUUUGUUUGGGGUUCCCUUAUAAGUUCAACUGGGAUUGUCUUAUAGUGGGUUUUGGACAGGCUUGUUUCUUAAAACCUCGUUUGGUUUCUAUAUUUUUUUGGGUUCUUUGAACCAUGCAUUGAGAGUUAAAAAUAGUAGGGUGUGGAUGUGGAUGUUACCAUCAACGAUGGCCAAGUGCUUGAAUCUGAAGCGUUUCUGAGGAACAAACUGUAUUUCCACCUCUCACAACAUGCCUUUGUCUGAGCUGUAUCGAAUGGCUAAAGGAAAGCUUGAGUCUACUAGGGAAAAGAACACCACUUGUUCAAAUGAUCUGUCUUUUCUACCAGAGAAUGAUCUUUUUGAGCUGGUAUGGGAAAAUGGUCAGAUUUUGAAGCAAGGUCAGUCCAGUAGAGCUAGAAAGAGCCCAACUAGGAACAACUUUCAAUCUCACUGUUUACCAUCUUACACCUCUAAGAUAAGAGAUAAAGAUAUAGGGAAUGGCAGCAAUUCAAAGAUGGGAAAGUUUGGGGGAAUGAUGUCUGUAUUGAAUGAAAUCCCAAUGUCAGUGCCAUCAGAUGAGAUGGAUUUGAGUCAAGAUGAUGACAUGAUGCCUUGGUUGAAUUAUCCAAUUGAUGAUUCUUUACAACAUGAAUAUUGUUCUGAGUUCUUGCCUGAAUUAUCUGGGGUCACUGUAAAUGAACUAUCCAACCAGAAUAAUUUGGCAUCUAUCGACAAAAGAAGUAGUUGUAAUCUGGUAUAUAGGGAUUGCCAUACUAAUCCAGUAAAUGAUGUUGUGAGUUUAGGACAGGGGAAUGCGUCAAAAGUUUCUUCAGUAGGAGUAGGUGAGGCCACAAGACCUAGAACUACUCCUUUAUACCCAUCAUCAUCAUCACAACAAUGUCAAUCAUCUCUUAGAUCAAAGGUUACAGAUGGCGCUGGCAAUAAUACGAGCAGUAUCAUGCAUCGUGCUGUAUGUGGGGAUUCAACACAGGUUGCAUCUGCUGCAGGUGGAUUUCCUACUAUAAAGAUGCAGAAGAAAGAUCAAAUGUCAUCUAACAAUAACUCCAAUCUGAUGAAUUUCUCUCAUUUCUCACGUCCUGCUGCUCUUGUGAAGGCUAAUCUUCAGAACAUGGGCCUCAUGGCUGGUUCGGAUUUAUCAAGCAUGGAAAGGAUAACAAGUAAGGACAAAGGUUCUGCUGCAAGUAUUAAACAUCCUCCUGAAUCAACACAUAUCAAUUCCAUUAGUGGUUUACAAAAAGAAUCAAGUUCCCAUUGUAAACCUCUUGCUGAGCCUGCGCCAUCCAAGGUUGAUUUAAAACCAUCAGAGGAUAAGCCUGUUGAGGAAAAAGUUGCCAGUAAACAAUCUGAGGCUGUCUGUCCGGAUGAGGCCUCUAGGAAUGACAAUAUCUCCAAUCAAGUCUUCGGUGAAAGUGUGACAAAGGGACUGCCAGAUGGUGAGAAGACUACAGAGCCUGUUGUUGCUUCUUCUUCUGUUUGCUCAGGCAAUAGCGUCGAGAGAGCUUCCGAUGAUCCAACACAUAAUUUGAAGAGAAAAUUUCGUGACACUGAAGAGUCCGAAUGCCAUAGUGAAGACAUUGAAGAGGAAUCAAUUGGGGCAAAAAAAGCAGCUCCUGGCCGAGCGGGUACAGGUUCAAAGAGAAGCCGGGCAGCAGAAGUACAUAAUUUAUCCGAAAGGAGGCGAAGAGAUAGGAUCAAUGAGAAGAUGCGUGCAUUGCAAGAACUUAUUCCAAACUGCAAUAAGGUGGACAAAGCUUCAAUGCUUGAUGAGGCCAUAGAGUAUCUGAAGACACUUCAACUUCAAGUGCAACAUCUUUCCCUCGUUGUGCAGAUUAUGUCAAUGGGAGCUGGUUUUUAUAUGCCUCCAAUGAUGUUACCAACUGGAAUGCAACACAUGAGUGCACCUCAUAUGGCUCAUUUCUCUCCUAUGGGCGUUGGAAUGGGAAUGGGAAUGGGAAUGGGCUAUGGGAUGGGUAUGCCAGACAUGAAUGUUGGACCUUCGGGUUACCCUAUGAUUCAAGUGCCCCCCAUGCAAGGAGCACAUUUCCCUGGCCCACCUAUAUCAGGACACACUGCUAUGCAUGGAAUGGCCGGAUCUAACCUUCAGAUGUUUGGGCUUCCUGGUCAAGGACUUCCAAUGCCAAUGCCUCGUGCACCAUUAAUUCCUUUGUCGGGAGGGCCUGUUAUGAAGUCUGCCACAGGACUUAAUGCCUGUGGGGUUGUAGGUCCUGUGGAAAAUGUGGAUUCAGCUCCAGCCUCUAGGUCAAAGGAUCCAAUGCAGAAUGUUAAUUCUCAAGCGAUGCAAAUCACUGGUGCUAGUAGCUCAAUGACUCAGACAUCUAGUCAGUGUCCAGCAACAAAUGCAAGAUUUGAACCAUCUUCAUUGGUGCAAAAUAAUGGUCAAGUCUCAGAUGUUGUCGGCAACACAGCUGUUAACUCUGCAAAUGGAAAUGACCUUGUGCCUAGUAAACCAGCUUGAUCUCAGCAAUUUCAGUUGGACUAGAAGGGGUAUAACCAUCAAUAUUCUAAUUUCAGGACAGUACAAUUAAAAUUGCACAGAUUUUGGUACCUUGGGGAGACUCAGAAUCUUUUUCUUGAGCUUGUACAUUAAAAUAGUGGCACACGCAGUCAAUGCAAUGUCUAGGAGUUAACUAUCUCGGAAAUAUGUAUUCAAAACGUUUUUUAGACCUCUCAUAACAAUUCUUUGAAUUAAAUGAUAAUUAUAUUCCAAUA